CACACAGCUUUUUUUACCCCUUAGCUUAAAGCAAGCAAAACCAAGUAAUUCAAUUUGGGGCUUGAUCCCUCAUAUCCCAAACUAAAAUUAAUAUGGCGGCUACUACCGCUCAACUUUCCUUUUUCGGGCUCUCUCUUCUUCUAGUUUCUGUUUCACUGUCAAGCUGUAGGAAACUUGCGGACCUUCCCACCGGUGGUUUGCCCGGCCUUCCCACGAGUGGUCUUCCCGGCCUUCCCACGGGUGGUCUACCCAACCUUCCAACCGGUGGUCUACCCGGCCUGCCCACCGGUGGUAUACCCAACGAUCCAAACAAUGAUCCUUCCGUCCUUCCCACAGGUGGUCUACCUGGCCUGCCCACGAGUGGCCUUCCCGGCCUUCCCACGGGUGGUCUACCUGGCCUGCCCACGAUUGGUCUUCCCGGCCUUCCCACGGGUGGUCUAUCUGGCCUGCCCACGGGUAUACUCAACGUUCCAAACGAUUUUCCUUCCAACCUUCCCACGGGUGGUUUACCCGGCCUGCCCACGAGUGGUCUUCCUGACCUUCCCACGGGUGGUCUACCCAACCUUCCAACCGGUGGUCUACCCAGCCUGCCCACCGGUGGUCUUCCCCUUCCCACGGGUGGUUUACCCGGCCUGCCCACCGGUGGUCUUCCCAACCUUCCCACGGUUGGUUUACCCAGCCUACCCACGGGUGUUCUUCCCCUUUCCACGGGUCUACCCAGCUUGCGAACCGGUAGUCUUCCCGGCCUUCCCACUGGUGAUCUUCCCAACCUUCCCACAGGUGGUCUCCCUGGUAGUGGCUCUAAUGUUCUUCCCGGCCGAAAUUAAGGCGGCAACAUCUCUUAAUGUCGUACCCCACCAAAUCUUGAUCCAACAUUUCUCCAGCAUUAUUGCAGCGCCUCAUGUCGCUAAUCAUCCUUAAUCAGUUUGUUGUUUGUUGAUUUGUUUGAUUUCUAUAUAUAUAUAUCAACAAUAGUACGUUGUUUUUUUUUUUUUUGUGUUUUUUGUUUUUGUUUCUUUUCGCGUGGUUGAUAUAUAUUCCUUUCUGGUCGAUCGCGUAUGGAAUGCUACAUAGGCAAUUUAUCCAGUAUACCCUGGAACAUGUACAUCUCCUUCUAUUUUUUG